UUAAAGUCGUGUUUUCUAAAUUACAUUAGUAAUUAGUAAUUUUAAAUCAAUAAUUAGCAGAUGUCGUUAUCAAAGUGGGUUACAAAAAUUUAACUAAACGAGUCUACCUACUUACAAGUUGCUAGGUACAUUUGUUGAUUAAAUUGUUUCUUGUAUAAUAAAAGUCGUCGCAAUCAUUAGCAGCGGUUUAUUGUGUUGUUAGUCUUCAAAAACGUAACAAUGAUACACGGGGAAGGUGAAGUAUUGGUGCCAGCACAUUUGAACUUUGGUAGAUUCGUUUUGGACCGUCUGCGGGGGGCGAAGCCAGAUCAAACGUGCUUGCGAAACUGCACGUCCGGUGAGCAGUUGACGUUUAGAGAGUUUACGCAGUAUGCAGUCAGGCUGGGAGCGGCGCUGGCGCAGCUGGGAGUGGGGAGGGGGGACACCGUGGCGUUGGGGGGUGAGCCCCGCGUCACAUUUAUGGCCACCGGGCUGGCGGUUGUGGUGACCGGCGCGGCAUACACGCCUAUACCCCUCAGUUGUGGAUCAGCAACCCUGACGCACAAGUUAAAGCUAACAAAGCCAAAGUACUUCAUCUGUACUCGCCUGUUCUGGGAAACCCACAGCACGACACUGAAGAGUUUGGAUUUCAUCGAAACCUUCAUUUGUUUCGACGAUAUUGAAGACAUAAAGUUAUCUGUGAAAGAGUUAGUCUCAAGCCAAAGCCACGUGGAUGUAGACGCGUUUGAGCCCGCUGUUGUGAGUGGAGACGAGGUGGCUGUAGUGUUGUAUUCGUCCGGGACUACUGGAAUGUCUAAAGGAGUGAUGAUAACGCACCUCAGCUGUAUUGUGAGGUGUGAUACGCAAGGUUGGUAUGGCUUCGAUUCUUUGCAAACAGCCUACUUCGCGGGUGACGACCAGUGUGGCUCUUACGGCAUUUUUCCGGUGUAUACGUUUUGGUGCGCGGGGAAAACUAUGGUCUACUCGGAAGAUGACGUGGACUUGAGAAUUAUACAAGACUAUAAGGUUGAUGUUAUGCCCACCGUCCCAGCAUUUGCGGAAGAGCUGCUGAACUCUAAAGGUGAAUACGACCUGAGUUCGCUGAAGAUAAUUUAUACUGGUACCGCGCCUCUUCAUCUCUCGACUGCAAAAGCAUUCAAGGAAAGGCAAGCACAACACCCACCUGGAGAGAGUACUCUCUAUUGGCCCUGUCUACCUUUCUACAUGGUCACUGGCCACGCGAAAAAUUUCAAAAUAUUCCUAACUCAUGAAAAAAAACUUUGCAGGUACCCAAACAUUGAGCUGCUAAAUAUAUAUGGCACGACCGAAGCUCAUAUGAUAACAACACAAGGCCCUUCGCCUAUUGGAACUACAACUAUUGGCGUCGCCGCUCCGGGUGUUACCAUUAAGGUCGUCGAUACAGAAACGCGGGCGACACUAGGCCCGAACCAGCGCGGCGAGAUCUGCGUCCGAAGUCCUUUCCUCAUGAAGGGCUACCUGGGGGCUACCGCGGGCUACCUGGACGAGCAGGGGUUCUACCUGACGGGCGACCUGGGCUAUUAUGACGAGCAGAAGAAGUUCUAUCUCGAGGGGAGGCUGACUGAUAUUAUACAUCAUCAUUUGGGAUAUAAGAUAUCACCACUAGAGUUGGAAGAAAUCCUGUUGGGUCACCCGGCGGUGCGCGAGGCGGGGGUGGUGGGGCUAGCAGAGGGGGGAGGGGAGCGCCCCGCCGCCGCUGUGGUUCUGCGCCCCGGCGCCAGCGCUACAGAGGCCGAGCUGCAAGACUAUGUAGACUCGAAGGUAACUUGGUAUAUGAAGCUCAGCGGUGGUGUGAGGUUUGUAUGUGAGCUGCCGCGGAACGCACAGCAGAAAAUAUUACGGCGGACACUCAAGGACAUGCUGGCCUGA